AUGGACUCUUCCAGUCCGGCAACCGUAUGUGAGGAAGAUCAUCAGAAUCACGAUACGACUUCUUCCUCUCGUCUUGUUGCCGGACGACCAAGUCUAUGCGUGAAUGGGUUGGACAACCAAAAGCGGGGUAAAGCUACGCCAACAACACCUAUCGCCUUCCCAUGGGAAAAGCUAGCGCCAGAGCUCAGAGAAGAGAUCUUCGCUAGAGUCAACGAAAACUGCUCCGAAAUAAAGGAGUAUUUUAGGUGUGGAAGUUACACGGGAAUGCCUCCGCUUGUUAUUGCCCUUCGACCCCUGCCUAUAGCACACAACCACGCCCUCGGAUGGUUCGAGGAAGCCAACAAGCCGUUCUAUAUGAGUGGUGCCGGAGGCUAUACCUUUGCAAAUAUGGUUUCGAGCGAGUUGGACGCAUUGGACUCUUUACACAUAUCCCUCAACGACUAUGGCAAACAUGGACUUGCGCCAUUGACAGGCUCUAUUACCCGGCCAAUGUCCAUAUCCGAAGCCUUCGUUAAGCCUUUCCUAGCCAAUUCUGGUAUCAAGCACGUUAGGAUUCGACUGGCAGUCGACGACGACUGGAGCUUAGACAUGUUGCGCUUCAUUACCGAAUUUCCGUUCUGGCUACGUGGUUUCCGGUCAUUGCGCACCCUUCGAGUCGAGAUCCCCUUUGCACCUUGGGCUGUUCCGGAGCGCGCGAGGAAUAAUAUCCUUAGCGCCUUAGUCAAGAGAAUACACCAAAAGAUCGGAGUGAAAGGAAAUCGUUCUGCGUGCUUCGUUACUGGCGUCGGAUACGUGAAGCAUUAUCAAGGACCGAUUGGAGACUGGGACAAGGAGAUCUGGGACUGGGUCGCUGAUGAAGGAAAGGUUAUGGAUUGGUCAGGAGACUUGGGAUGGAAGUGGCCAUUAGAAUAA